GCUUUUUCUUUUGCCUUUAGAAGAAGAACAAUGCGAUGCCUCUUUUAGAUUUGUAAGACUACAUAUCAUGGAUCUGGAAAGUAGGAUUUUUCAAAACUCUAAUAAGCAGAAAGAAUCAUGGAGAUCAGUUCUGACACUGGCAUAUCAGAGCCUUGGAGUGGUGUAUGGUGAAAUAAGCACUUCACCACUUUUUGUGUACAGAAACACAUUCUCUGAAGACAUUGGUCACACUGACACCAAUGAAGAGAUUUUUGGCGUUCUGUCUUUGGUGUUCUGGACUUUAACAUUGGUUACUCUUGUUAAGUAUGUGUUCAUAGUGCUUAGAGCUGAUGACAAUGGUGAAGGAGGCACAUUUGCACUCUACUCUUUGCUCUGCCGCCAUGCCAGGCUUCGAUCAUUCCAUAAUUGCCAGCUGGAGGAUGAGGAGCUCUCCGAGUACCGGAGUAGCCGCUGCUUCGGCGCCGAUGUGCCGGAGAGAAGCCUUAACUGUAGGGUGAAGAACACCUUGGAGAAGCACGAGUUCUUGCAGGGUGUUCUGUUGGUUCUUGCUCUCAUUGGAACUUGCAUGGUCGUUGGUGUUGGGGUGCUUAAACCUGCUAUUUCUGUUUUCUCAGCUGUGUCUGGCCUUGAGCUUUCAGUGUCCAAGGAGCAUCACAGAUAUGCAGAAGUUCCAGCUGCAUGUUUGAUAUUGAUAGGCUUGUUUGCACUUCAACGUUAUGGUACACACAGGGUUGGCUUCAUCUUCGCCCCCAUAGUUCUUACAUGGCUUCUCUGCAUCGCCGCCAUCGGCAUAUACAACAUUUACUAUUGGAACCCUCAUGUAUACAAAGCACUCUCCCCAUAUUAUGUUUUCCAGUUCAUAAAGAAAACAAAGACAGCAGGGUGGAUGUCCCUUGGUGGAAUUUUACUAUGCAUAACAGGAUCAGAGGCCAUGUUUGCUGAUCUUGGACACUUUUCGCCAUUAUCCAUCAAGAUUGCCUUCACUGCUGUGGUUUAUCCAUGCUUAACUCUAGCAUACAUGGGACAAGCUGCAUAUUUUUCGAGACAUCACGACAUCAAACACGAGUAUGAGUUUGGGUUCUAUGUAUCUGUCCCAGGGAAGUUGAGGUGGCCUGUUGUGGUGAUAGCAAUACUAGCCGCAGUUGUUGGCAGCCAAUCCAUCAUCACAGGAACUUUCUCAAUUAUCAAGCAAUGCUCAGCACUAAACUGCUUCCCAAGGGUUAAAGUGGUUCACACAUCUUCAAAGAUUCAUGGCCAAGUUUACAUCCCUGAGAUAAAUUGGCUAUUGAUGCUGAUGUGUUUGGCUGUAACUAUUGGUUUCGGAGACAUAAGGCGUCUUGGCAAUGCAUCAGGUUUGGCUGUCAUCUCAGUCAUGCUGGUAACUACCUGCUUGAUGUCACUGGUAAUUAUACUGUGCUGGAAGCAGAAUGUUUUGCUAGCACUGGCCUUUGUUGUUUUCUUUGGAACAAUUGAGGCUGUGUUCUUCUCAGCUUCCAUUAUGAAAUUCUUUGAAGGAGCAUGGGUACCAAUUGUUAUGUCAGUUGUGUUUCUUUCAGUAAUGUAUAGCUGGCACUAUGGAACUGUAAAGAAGUAUGAAUUGGAUGUCCAUAACAAGGUUUCAGUGAACUGGCUACUGAGCCUUGGACCAAGCUUAGGCUUUGUCCGAGUUGGCGGCAUUGGGCUUGUCCACACAGAGCUAGUUUCCGGCAUUCCAGCAAUAUUCUCACACUUUGUAACCAAUUUACCUGCUUUCCACCAAGUGCUGGUGUUCCUCUGCAUCAAGCAUGUUCCAAUUCCACAUGUUAGACCCCAGGAGCGGUUUCUAGUAGGCAGAGUAGGGCCAAGAAACUUCAGAAUCUACCGGUGUAUCGUCCGAUAUGGAUACCGUGACAUCCACAAAGACGACGAUGAGUUCGAGAAAGACCUUGUAUGCAGCAUAGCUGAGUUCAUAAGAACCGGGAAUUCAAGCAAUGAGGGUGAGAAGGAUGAUCAUCAUGAUGUGAUGGCAGUUGUAGGCACAUGUUCUAGUUCUACUCAUCACAUUAUUAUGAGUGAUGAGAAUGGAACGUUAGAACACAAGGGACAAAAGAAAAAGGUACGGUUUAUUGUGCCGGAGAAGCAGAAGAUGGAGAGUGAUGCAAUGGAGGAGUUGAAGGAUUUAAUGGAAGCUAGGGAAGCUGGGGUGGCAUACAUUAUAGGACAUUCAUACAUGAGAGCCAAACCAGGUUCCAGCACUUUGAAAAAAUUGUUGGUUAAUUUUGGUUAUGAAUUGUUAAGGAAAAAUAGCAGGGCACCCUCCUAUGUACAUAGUGUACCUCAUGCAUCAGCUUUAGAGGUUUCCAUGUCAUACAAUCACUAA